AUGGCUCAGCAUUACAAUCUAACCGCCCUCUUCUUGCUCACAUUUAUCUACUUUAUGCAUGACCACAUGAUAACUACUGCAACUGCACGUCGCCUUUUAGAGACGCCUCUCCCUGAAAUUCCUAAACCAGAAUUCUUGAAAGCUCUAACCUUGCAAAAGCAUGAAAUUUCAAGUGUUUCAAAACCCGAAAUUCCAACUUGGACAAAGUCAGAGAUACCUGCUGGCCCAAAGCCUGAGGUCCCAGCAGCUUCGAUGCCCGAGUUUCCAAGUUGGCCAAAGCCCAAACUUCCAUCUUGGCCAAAUCCUGAGGUCCCAGCUGCGCCGAAGCACGAACUUCCAUCUUGGCCAAAGCCAGAGGUCCCAGCUGCGCCAAAGCCUGAACUCCCAAGUGUGCCAAAGCCUGAGCUUCCAUCAUGGCCAAAGCCCGAGAAGCCUGCUGCUCCAAAGACCGAGUUCCCAAGUUGGCCGAAGCCCGAGCUUCCAUCUUGGCCAAAGACCGAGAAACCAGCUGCUCCAAAGCCAGAGUUCCCAAGUUGGCCCAUGCCUGAGGUCCCAGCUGCACCGAAGCCCCAGCUUCCAUCUUGGCCAAAGCCUGAAGUCCCAGCUGCGCUGAAGCCUGAGCUUCCAUCUUGGCCAAAGCCUGAGGUCCCAGCUGCACCGAAGCCUGAGCUUCCAUCUUGGCCAAAGCCUAAGGUACCAGCUGAGCCGAAGCCUGCAAAGCCUGAGCUUCCAUCUUGGGUGAAGCCUGGGGUCCCAGCUGCGCCAAAGCCUGAGCUUCCAAGUUGGCAAAAACCCACGCUUUCUCCACCACAUAAACCCGCUACUCCUUGA